GCAGGGCGGGCAGUUUCACUUUCCCUCAGAUGGCCCGCGUGCGGUCCUCGUCGGAGACGGUGCGCUUCCGCGAUAGCUGGAGCCAAUUAAAAGAGUUCCUCGGUUUUUGCUAACCGCUGACCUCAGCUGUCGUCCUGGAUUUGAGUCAGCUUGUUUGAUGUUGACCUGCCGUCUUUCACGGGCUAGUAAUUGUAUCUGAUAGCAGAACUUGAGCUAAAUUGAAGUUGACUUCACUGAUGGCAUUUUUCGUGAAAAGAUCUUCAUCCAAAGGCGGCUCACGUUGGGCCGCACGGACACCAGGAACCUAUCGCCUGCCGGUGGGCGGUUCGCCUGUCUCGGGUUUUGCGAUGCACACGGCCGGCCGCAGCCAGCUGCCGUGUGAUCUCUGGUCCGUGGGUGAGUGAUAUAUUCCGGCUGACAUGCCCGGCCGACCGGCCGUGUGUCGGGUCGGGGUUGUCGGCCGCCGUCGAGGGCAGCCGUCCCGGCCCGUGCCGUCUGCCGGCCCAGGGGGCGCCUGCGCCGCCGCCGAGACCGCUGAGCCCAGUGCCCACUGUCGGCAGCCAGUCGUCCGCCAGACUCCGCCGGGUGGGGUGCCGCUGCUCCUCCGAUAGGAGACCCUGACAAAGCUCCCACCGGCGCGCUCUCAGCUCUCAGAAAGCUCUCUGCCCUGAGCAACGUGGUUGUGUGGUGUCUGUGAACGGCUCGACGAGCAACGAGACGGCGGAACCGCACGAGUGAAGAGCGAGGCAGGGCUGGAGGCGCUGCCCCGUACUGCGUCUCGGAGCAGAUAAUACCCCCAAACAGGCCGGAGGCGGGCCUGACCUCCCACGGCCACCAUGGUGGACUACUACAGGACGCUAGACGUGCCCAAAUCAGCCACCGUCGAACAGAUCAAAAAGGCAUACCGUAAGCUAGCGCUGAAGUGGCACCCGGACAAGAACCCCAACAAUAAGGACGAGGCGACUCGGCGGUUCAAGGACAUCUCGGAGGCCUACGAGGUGCUCUCAGACGACAAGAAGCGGAAGACGUACGACCGGUACGGCAAGGACGGCGUGCGGAGCGGCGGCCCGAGCCCGUCGGCGCCGCACCACCACCACUUCAGCGGACAACACGCCGGCGGCUUCGACGACGACUUCUUCUUCAGCCACCACGCGUUCCGCGACCCCAACGACGUGUUCCGGGAGUUCUUUGGCGGCGACCCGCUGGCCGACCUGCUCGAUGACCUGCUGACGUCCGGUCUGAUGGAGCCGCGGGCCGGCCGGCGGGCGGCGCGCCGGCAGCACUCGGCCGCGCCCGACCUCAUGUCGCCGGCCCUGUUCUCGCCGUUCGGCGGCCUGGGCGGCUCGCUGGGCAUGAUGGCCUCCAUGAUGGGCAUGAUGGACGACAUGGAGCCGGGCGCCGGCUUCGUGGGCGCCGAGUCGUUCAGCGCCCACCUGGGGCCCGGCGGACACGCCGUCAAACGCACCUCCACCAGCACCAAAUACGUCAACGGAAAGAAAAUCACCACCAGAAAAGUGUUUGAGAACGGCCGGGAGAAGCAGGUGGAUACCUAUGAGAACGACGUGCUCAAGCACCGGGUACUGAACGGCGUGCCGCAGCGGCUGUCGGCGCACGCCCGCUAAGGCCCGCGCCCCGCGUCCCCUCCAGGUGAUAAAUCCGCAGUGUCCGCCACGCCGCGCCACUCCGCUAGUCCGUAGUCGCCGCGGUCCACUCGAGGCGAUCGCUCCCUCCUCUGCCCGUCAUUGGGCGCUCGAUGUUCGCGUUUUAGUGAAUGUGUCGCCACCUGCCCGGCCUGACGCCGGAGUUGGCGGUCUCUGAGCGACAGAAGAGUGUCGGAGGCUGGAAAGGCGGCUCCUGGUGGCCGUUGGAUGAGUCCAGGAUGGAAGCACGAGUCCAGUCGACACAUGGAAUGCUGAACUCGAUAGGCAGUCUGCGGACAACUGGAUCUGCCCGCGAUCACAGACGGCCGUCGGGCGAAACUGGACAGAACGUCAGACGUCACUGGCGAGCGGACAGUGGAUAUAUGUGUUUGGUAGCCCAGACUGGUGAAAUUAUGUGUACAGUACAGUGAGAUAAUCGCAACCAGACCAGUGAGUAGUGUGUACCGAGUGACACUCGAACCCGUGAAAGCCAAGACAGGACUUUGGCGGUAUGUGAUCGAGGAAAUCGAACAGUGUAUGUAUGCAGGUGUCCACGAUAUGAGGACUUUCUGAGCGCCGAGUCGUAUCCGUGUUGUGCUAACAGGGGUUGGAAUUUGACUGUGCGUCCCGACGUGCGUAACGAUGUAUGACGAGCGGCGCAAAUUGGACUGUGAAGGGGUAGGUACCGCCGGGGCGCCGUCAGUGACCCCAGAGGUCACCGGCGGGUCAGCGGCGCUAGUUCGGAGCUUUCAGUGUGGGCGGGGCGCCGCCGCGCCCGGCGCACACCGAUCAGAUAUGUCACAGAUACGUAUAUCUCUGCGUCAGAUACUGGAAACAGCAGCACAUCAGUGGCUCGAUAUUAUCAAUAAAUGAUCGUCAUGUGUUUAAACA